GGAUGGGAGGGUGGGCUAGGUUUUGCGAAAGUUAACAGAACUUGGUAACUAAAGUUAUAGAGGCUGCCUGUACAACUUGAAGCAUUUUAACCCUAUAUGUUUAUGAUCUUACUCAGCCACAAGCAGAUAAUGGAAAAUUUAGCUUACUCUUCCAAGAUGUUAGUGGCAAUAUAGGAAAUAGCACCAACAGUUUUUAUGUGAGGGGAUUAGAGGUCUUAAUAGCUGAUGAGACCUGGAUGUCUUUGCUAACUAAAUAAUUCAUAUAAUGCUUAGUGAUUUGUGUACACACGUGUGUGUGUGUGAUCUAAGCUUGUAAUCUCAGUUUUCAAAGACACAUUUUGUUUUCAGAUCUAGGGUUCAUCAGUGUUUCAGACACCCUUCACAAAACGUCAAGUUUUGUAGAACAUAGGGAAAUAAAUGCCCUCUUUAUUUUUCUGUUCAUAAGAGGUAAUUCAUUUGUUUGUGCUGUGGGACAGAGAGACAACUCAGCCUUGAACAUGAGGUUGAAUAUCCUGAUGCACAACUUGCUGUCUUGCUGGAGCAUGGUGGAGCUUGCAUGGUCACGUCUUGCCUGAGGUCUUCUCAGAAACUGUGUCAUGAGGUCAUUUUGCUGAGCAAAACUGUUGCUUGAUGCCUGUUAGUAGAAGAGUAACCUAUCACUUUGUGACAGCACUUCAUAGGGGACUGUUUGAGUACUGAAGAUGUUCCUCUCACCAGCACAUCAUGGUAGACGUAAGACAGAAGAUGGAUAACGCCACAUUUAAAAGUGACACUGUACUUUCUGAUGUUCACUUACACUGUCCAAAUAAAAGACAUCUCAUGGUACGAUUGAAUGCAGUUGGUCAACCAGUAUUCCUGUCAUAUUUCAAACUCCUUUGGAACACAGAAGAUUUGGCAUCUGAGAAAUAUGUGAGAGAAGCUACAACAGAAAGAGAACACCAGUACAGAAGCAGAGAUGAACUAUGUGACAAGGACAGGAAUAAUCUAAAGAAAGAAAGAGAAUUAAAUAAUGAAGGAGUGGAAGCUCUGCUAGAUGAUGAUGGAGACUUGGAAGUGGUCAGAAGACCUCGAAGUGCCUCUGAUUUAGAAGCGGAGGAUCUUUUGAGGGAUAGAGUGUAUCCUGUAAUUCUGAUGAAAGGGAAAGAAGAUGCUUUUGAAGAUGAAGAACAAGAAUGCACUUGCAGUGAUGUUGUUAAAAUAGAACAUACUAUGGCAACCCCCUUAGAAGAUGUCGGUAAACAAGUCUGGCGUGCUGCCUUUCUUCUUGCUGAUUACAUUCUGUUUAAACGGGACACGUUCAGGUGUUGCUCGGUGCUAGAGCUUGGAGGUGGCACUGGAAUUACAAGCAUUAUCAUGGGAAUGGUUGCCAAGAGAGUUUAUUGCACUGAUGUUGGUGAAGAUCUUCUGGCCAUGUGUGAGCAAAAUGUUGCAUUAAACAAACACCUGAUGGAGCCAGGAAGAGGGGAAGUUAAAGUAAAGGAACUGGACUGGCUGAAAGAUGAGUUCUGCACUGAUCCUGAAACUCCUUACAGCUGGUCUGAAGAAGAGAUUGCUGAUUUGCAUGAGCACUGUACUGUGAUAAUGGCAGCUGAUGUGUUCUAUGAUGAUGACCUGACAGAUGCCUUGUUCAGAAUGCUGUAUAGAAUCACACACAACUUGAGAAAUUCUUGCACAAUUUACCUAGCAUUAGAAAAGAGGCUGAACUUCACUUUAAGACAUAUGGAUGUUACAUGCGAAGCCUACAGUCAUUUUAGAAAUACUCUGAAUGAUUUGGAGAACCUCCAAGAUAGAAAAAUGAAAUAUACUGCAGAGCCCAUUAAGCUUGAUUUCUGCCAGUUUCUCGUUUAUGAACGAAUCGAGCAGUUGGAAUUGUGGAAGAUUGUUGCUGAACAGCUAACAUAACAGGGGCGUGAGAAAAUAGAAGAUCUUUAUCUAAGGAUAAAGGCUUUUUUGGUGUUUUGUUAAAAUGGAUUUUCAUCCCGUGAAAACCAUUUUCCUCAUGGAACUGUGUUCUCAGAAAAUACUGCUAUGCAUAUUUGCUUUACUUCAGUAAGUUUUGGCUUUGGCACCUAGGAUGUGGUUUCUUUGCUGUUUAUUUUACAAAAUUGUUUAAUGUUGAUCUUCAGAGUACAUGCUGGAUGCUGAACAGUGGCAGUGACACGGUGGCUAGCUCUUCAGGAUUGAAGACUUAGGACUUAGAGUCUGACAAAGGUAUUUUAACCUUUUCCAUGUGACUGAUAUGCAGACGUCAUGCAUUUUCCUUUUUAGUGUUCUGGACAUGGACAUUGUUCUUGGUCUCAUCCUAGUUCCGCAUUAUUUCAUAAAAUCAUAGAAUCGUUAAGGUUGGAAAAAGACCCUUAAUAUCGGGUCCAGCCGCUAACCUAUCACUGCCAAGUCCACCACUAAACCAUAUCCUCAAGCACCACAUCUACCUUUCUUUUGAAUACCUCCAGGGGCAGAGAUUCCACCACCUCCCUGGGCAGCCUGUUCCAAUGCCUGACAACCCUUUCGGUGAAGAAGUUUUACCUAAUAUCCAACCUAAACUUCCCCUGGCACGGCUUGAGGCUGUUUCCUCUCGUCCUAUCACUUGUUACUAGGGAGAAGAGUCUGGCCCCCACCUCGCUACAACCUCCUUUCAGGUAGUUGUAGAGAGCAAUAAGGUCUCCACUCAGCCUCCUCUUCUCCAGGCUAAACAACCCCAGCUCCCUCAGCCGCUCUUCGUAAGACUUGUUCUCUAGACUCUUCGCCAACUUUGUUGCCCUUCUCUGGACACACGCCACAGUACUCGAAGUGUGGCCUCACCAGGGCCGAGUACAGGGGCACGAUCACCUCCCUACUCCUGCUGGCCACACUAUUCCUGGUACAAGCCAGGAUGCCAUUGGCCUUCUUGGCCACCUGAGCACACUGCUGGCUCAUGUUCAGGCGGCUGUCGACCAACAGCCCCAGAUCCUUUUCCUCCAGGCAGCUCUCCAGCCACUCCUCCCCAAGCCUGUAGCAUUGCAUGGGGUUGUUGUGACCCAAGUGCAGGACCCGGCACUUGGCUUUAUUGAAUCUCCUACCGUUGGCUCCGGCCCAACGAUCUAGCCUGUCCAAGUCCCUCUGUAGGGCCUUUCUGCCCUCCAGCAGAUCGACACUUCCACCCAACUUGGUGUCAUCUGCAAACUUACUGAGGGUGCACUCAAUCCCCUCAUCCAGAUCAUCAGUGAAGACAUUGAACAGGACUUGCCCCAACAGUGUGAGCCCUGGGGAACACCACUCGUGACCAGCCGCCAACUGGAUUUGACUCCCUUCACCACAACUCUUUGGGCUCGGCUGUCCAGCCAGUUUUUAACCCAGCGCAGAGUGCACUUGUCCAAGCCGUGAGCAGCCAGCUUCUCUAGGAGGAUGCUGUGGGAGACAGUGUCAAAGGCCUUACUAAAGUCCAAGUAGACAACGUCCACAGCCUUCCCCUCAUCCACUAGGCGGGUUGCCUGGUCACAGAAGGAGACCAGGUCAGUGAGGCACGACCUCCCUUUAGUAAACCCAUGCUGGCUGAGCCCCAUCCCCUGGUUGUCCCGCAAAUUUAUAUUUAUGGACCUUUGUGAAACACUUCUGGGGAAGACCGGUUUGUCUUUCAUGAACUUUUCUUUAACCAAUCUGUUUAUGAAACUUAGUCCUUCAUUUUCAGUUUGUCCUAUCUAAAUCAUUCUAGUUUAGGGCUGCCGUCUGGACUGAAAGGAAACGAGAUGCAUUUUGUUUGAGCCUCUAAAAAUAUUCCACAGAGGUCUUGGAGCUGUAUUGUCCUGCUGAAAAUUUAAGCUAUUCUGUCCUUGCAAGGCUGAGGGUGGGGAAGGUAAUGUGUGAAGUGAUAUGGUACCACUCUUAAAAUGUUUGGAAUUCUAUCUUCAAUGUAUACAUGUGAGGCUGGGGGGGAGGAGGAGGUCAUCAAGAAUGUCUUGCCCAUACAGAUGGGGCCUUCAGGAUCUUAGUUUUUGGAUUAAAGUACAACAUAUUGAUCAAAUCUCUCGUGUGUUGUUAUUUGUACUUUUAUGUGUAAAAUUGUGUUCAUAUCACUCGCCAUGUGUAUGCUGUCAUGGAAAUUCUUGUGCCUGCUGGAUUCUUUAGCAUUAUGAGAGUAUCAGUGAUGAAGCUGUUCCGGCCUGUGACUCGUGGGAGUGUGCAUACAUUAUAUUAGAAGUAUCUGGCUGACUUCUUGAAAGUCUGUUUUACAUUUUGGUUUAGUUCAAUUGUUCUAGGUCACUUAUUUCAUAACCUGCAUAUGUGUAUGAAGACUUCUUUUUGUGUGUUCUUUAAGGAGAUGAAAGGUUAUUAGAUGAUGAUGGCCUUUUCCUGUAAGUAUAAUCAAAGUAAAAAUUACAUUAUAUUAGCAUAUGUCUGCCUAGAUUAAUAUAGAACUUCUCUCUCAGAACCCUCAUUUGAACUUCAAAGAUACAAAACUGUAUUUUAAUCCAAAGAUUUCCAAACUAGUGGGGUUUUUUUAGUUUUGUAGCAGUACUAACUUGGGUAGAGUAACCAAAAAUAACUGGAUUUGAAUGUAACUGCUUAUUUAAGUAGUAAUGUUUUGAAGGCUGUAGCAAGAAAUUAAUUUGAACUGAUGUGAAAUAGUGUGUGCAGUUACAGAAAAUUUUUACUUGCAUAGGACUUCUGAAAGUCUUUGGAAUUAUGAACAGAAAUUCAUCUAGGUAGAGGGAUACUGUAGAUCUUUUAAAUGUAGAGUUCAGCCACUUUACCGCAGCUGUCUUAAAUUAACAUCUGAAAAAGACUUUUAUACUUGUAUCUUUUGGUUGAGAAAAUAGAAAUAUCAUGGCUGCUUGGGAAGCAAGCUGAAGUAGAAUUUCCUCCUAAAGAAAUAAAGUUAAUCUUUCUAUUGAAGUGAAACAACAGCUGUGGGGAUUCAGUGGCUGAGAUCUAAAGGCCAAAUUGUGAAUUUGGAUAUGACUCUUUAUCCCUGAUGACAAGGAAUAGUCAAAAAUAGGCCACAACUUUAAGAACACAAGAAUCAUGAGAGUCUCACAAUGCCCUAGAUUUGCAGUGUUUAUGAGAAAUAAUAUAGCCUGUAUUGCCAGAGGGUUGUCCACUGCUACUUAAGGGUAUUAAGUACCGAUGCCACCUUCUCACUUCAGACUUUAAUCAUGCUUUAAAUAUGUCCUACGUGGUGGUUGUUCUCGGAACUCAUCAUGCAGAUUUACACCUUUAGCAGAUCAUUGUUUAUUAAGAUGAUUAAAAGUGGAGAAUUGUUUAGUCUUGAGCAUACAGAUUUUGAUUGGAAAUCAGGUUAGUGCCUAAAAUGAUAAUGCCUUGAGCACGUUAUCUGUGUUUAUGUAAUCAAGAAGGAUUUUUUUUCUAAUAAAGUAUGAUUUUAAAAAAUA